UUUAUCAAUGCUGCCCUAGAGGAAAAUAUCAGACUUUAUGGCAGAAAAUUAAAUGGAGCAAGAAAAUUGAAAUUGCACUUCCGAUCUAGCUGGGGAUCAUUUUUAGUAUCGUUGGGACAAAAGAGAAAUGAAGGAUUGCUGAAUAUAAAUGUCGAGUUAAAAGUGGCAGCAGCGCACUUUGAAGUUGGAAGACAAUCUGAAGUCGGUGUAGCUUUAACAAGGCAACUAGAAAGAUGUUUCAAGGACUCUAGGUGCCUUGAUAAGGAAUAUUUAUUCAUUGUCGCCGAUAAAAAAGUAUGGAAUGUCAGAGUCGACAUGAAUGUAAUCAAUCACGAUGGUAGUUUGGUUGAUUGCGCUAGCAUAGUAACUUUGGUUGCCUUAUCACAUUUUUAGCGUUCUGAUGUUAAUUCAAUUGGAGAUGAUAUUAUUAUACACUCAUUUGCUGAGAAAGAUCCAUUGCCUUUGACAUUGUUUCAUCAACCUGUAGGUGUUUCGUUGUAAACUUUUGAGAAGUAA